AGAUUCACAUAGUCAACAAACAACUGAUGGAGGACAGCCCGGUAUAUGAAGUGAAGCCUGAGGAUGGAAUCGGUAGGACUAGAGUGUUGCACAGAAAUAUGUUGCUCCCCUGUGAUGGACUGCCAGUUGAAAAAACGGAGGUUAAAAGGGAAGAGAAAAAAAUCAAGGCUCCAGUGAAGAAAAAAGUUGUAGACUAUCAACAGUCAGAAAAUGAAAGUGAUUCUUCUGUUAGCAGUGAUCUUGAGGACUUUGAAGUGAUUAUCCCCGGUCACCCGCAAGAGACUGAAAGAAGACCGAAUCAAGUGUCAAGUCAGUCCAUGGAUCGCGGUAAUGGUAACUGCACUGAUGAGGAUGGAGAAGCUAGUAAAGCGUCUAGCGAAGAAUCACAGGCAGGUGAAGGUUCCUUAAGUGGUACAGAGUCUGCUGAUCCACCGCAAAAAAAGGUUGAAAGUGAUGACGACUCAAUGCAGGACGCUGAUGAUGAGACCAACAUCAGGGACCCCCGACCGCAGCGUCGACGAAGAAGGUACCCAACCAGACUGACAUAUGACACCCUUGGGAACCCGACGAGGUGUGAACUACGACCGACAAUGAAUGUGUUGAGUAACCCCCAGCCGGUGUUAUCAGCCCCACUACAGCGCCUCUAUCAGAUUGUAGUAUCGCCAGUGAUAUCGAACCCAUGGACCUAUCAGGUAGUGUGGAGACCUGUGCAAAUGGUCAACUGCCACUAAACCAAGAUAUCGGAUACACUGAAUGAUCAUAUGAAGCAAGCACUGCAGAAUAUUAUUGAAUUACAAGUUUUAUGUCUGUAGACAUGCAGGUUUACCAGAAUUAUCCCACUGGGUUAACUAUAUGUUCCAUGUAGACUUGCAGUAUUAUGUUGACUGGCCAUCUCAUAGUAUUGUGGUUCUCAAGCGGUUUCGAUAUUCGGGUUGUAUAUUGGAAUUUAGAGUGGGAAUGUUGGUAUUGUGGAUUACUGAACUUGUGUAUGGCUAUGAACCAAAGGUAUUUUAAUCUGUGGCAAAUUGAAUGUUGAUUAGUGGUUAAUAUUUACUUGUAAUUGUAUUGAUAGUUGCAUACAAAUGUUUCGAAAUGUCGGGUCGACAUUUUUUAUGGGGGCGAGUGUAAGAAUGUAGAAUAUUAGCUACCUUCGGUAAUAUGCCAAUGGUCAAAGGGGGAUAACUCUGCCCGAAGAGCUGAGGGACGUCCGUUGUCAACGGACCAAUCAGAUUGCAGCGUCAUGCUCGUGUCUGGAGCCCGCCAUAAUAAAAUUGGAUCGACAUAAAUCUGCUCUGUUGUUUUAGGCUGGUUGCUGAGGGUCUUACAUUUG